UCAAAUUAGAGGCUUUCCUUGAAUGUCUAGUGAUCCUUGGCUGGAAGCAGGCCAUUUGGCAUCUGUAUCAAGUCUCUCCUUCCUGGUUGCCAUUGUUCAUGGAGCCAGUGUGGGAAGGAGCUGGGCAGGGGUCUCACUUUUCAUAGGCACACUUUGCCAUAACUUCCUGUUUUCCAGAGCAGCCCUUCUCUCCUCUCGAGCUAUCUCUCAAGGCUAGAGCUUGUCCAGUUCAAGUCUGAGAAUAACCUUUCCCCAGGGCCAGGAGGAGAGAGAUGACACCUUAAGAUGUCUGUUCUGCUACCUUGAGGAGGGCCUCUGGGGAACUAGUUGCUCCUGACACAAACUUCCUACCAGUACCCCUACUUCUGCCACCUGUCCUGCACCCCAGCCCCUACGGCACCUUCUGUGCCUAUCUCCUGAGCUUCCAGAGUCCUGUGGUGGGAAUUUAAGAUUUUAUUUAUUUUUAAUUUAUGUGGCUGCACUGGGUCUCAGCUGCUGCACUGGGGAUCUCUGUGGCAGCAUGCGAACUCUUAGUCGUGGCCAGUGGGAUCCAGUUCCCUGACCAAGGAUUGAACCCAAGCAGCCUGCACUAGGAGCAUGGAGUCUUAGCUACUGGACCACCAGGGUCCAGCUCUCUAGCACUCAGGUUUCAACUAGCAGGUCUCCUGCUCUCUAGCACUCAGGUUUCAGCUUUCCACACUCUGGUAAGGCACCACUCGCCCAUCUGUUUCUCUAGUCCAAAAUUUUUAUUAGAACCUCUCAUCUGCUGUCUUCUUCCUCUUGGUCUCUCUGGAUCUGCAGCUUUUAGAAAUGAAUUGCCAUUUCAGCGUGCUUUUCAAAAGAGGCAGAGAUAAAUGCAAGUUUUCAGUCUACACACAACCCAAAGCUGUACCUCUCAACAGUCAUCCCACAGACACUGGGUGAACACCUAGCGCAUGCUGGAGCCUUGGGCUACAAAGAUGAACAAGAACCAUCUCUGCGCCACCAGACCCGACAGUCUCGAGGAGUGGGGGCGGGGCCCGUAUCUGCACGCGCUCAACUGACGCCCCCCCACCCCGCUCCUGGAGAAGGUCGCCCCCUAGAGGUUCACCUUGGUAAAGCACCCUCCACCGACGCUUGCAGGACACCUUGACAGAAGUCAGCCAAGGUGCCAGACUAUGGCAAAGGUGAUGGGUGUCACUUCCUUGAUGAGGUUCCAUUAUCUGAGAUUCCAUUUUAGCAGAUUACAGAGAGGAUCUCCUCGCUGACCUGAUAAAAUAAGCAGCCAUGUCGAGGAGUCGAUGUAACAAGGAACCGUGGGCAGCUCCUAGAAACUUGGGGCAGCUUCUCGGACCUGAGAGUGUCCUCCAGACAAUAUCGAGCAGAGAGCUGUGGCUUCCGUCCUACAGUCACAGGAAAUGAGUUCUACCAAAGACCUGGAUGAAGUAGAAGUGAAUGCUUCCCCAGUCAAGCCUUCAGAUGAAAAUGUAGCCCAGAUGGUCCCUUGAUUCCAGCCUUGUGAAGUCCUGGGCAGAGGACCCCGUUGAGCCAUGCCUAGACUCCUGGUCCACAGAAGCUGUGAGGUACCUCAAUUCCGUGUCUGAGGACAGGAGCCAGAAACACUGAGCACCCAUUCAAACCAGGAGAAGGGAGUGGAGGUGACAGGAUCAGAAUAGCUGUUGGCUGGCCACCCACUUUGUCCCCAUAAGAAGGGAUCAGGAGAUUGCAAAUUGGUCAUUUCCCUGCACUUUGGGAUUCGUCAGGCCCUUCCGCACUCAGAUCUGGGGAACUCAGGCUCGUGAGCGAGGAGGGCCCAGUGUUAGGAAGCCCAGCCGCACUGGUGUGGGGGCCAGCGGUGACCAGCGGUGACAAGAACCAGUGCCCCUUGGGCAUCAGCCUCCACGGGCCUGAACGAUGGGGAACAUCAUGGACGGUAAGUCGGUGGAGGAGCUGAGCAGCACCGAGUGCCACCAAUGGUACAAGAAGUUCAUGACAGAGUGCCCCUCCGGCCAGCUCACCCUCUACGAGUUCCGCCAGUUCUUCGGCCUCAAGAAUCUGAGCCCAUGGGCCAGCCAGUACGUGGAGCAGAUGUUUGAGACCUUUGACUUCAACAAAGACGGCUACAUCGACUUCAUGGAGUACGUGGCGGCGCUGAGCCUGGUCCUCAAGGGGAAGGUGGAACAGAAGCUGCGCUGGUACUUCAAGCUCUACGACGUGGACGGAAACGGAUGCAUCGACCGCGACGAGCUGCUCACCAUCAUCCGGGCCAUCCGAGCCAUUAACCCCUGCAGCGACUCGACCAUGACCGCCGAGGAGUUCACAGAUACAGUGUUCUCCAAGAUUGACGUCAAUGGGGAUGGGGAACUCUCCCUAGAGGAGUUCAUGGAGGGCGUCCAGAAGGACCAGAUGCUCUUGGACACGCUGACCCGAAGCCUGGACCUUACCCGCAUUGUGCGCAGGCUCCAGAAUGGAGAGCAGGAUGAGGAGGGGGCUAGCGGCAGGGAAACUGAGGCCGCGGAGGCUGAUGGCUGAGCUCACUGCCUGCUCUUUCUGUACUGGGGAGGGUGUGUACGGUGGUGCCUGGUGUUUCAUUGUUGUUUUAAUACUAGAUAGAGUCUACUGAAAUUAAAGGCCCAGCCCACUU